AUGCCAACGAAUUUCAGUAUACUCUUCACACUUACUGUUCCAUCGAAAUAUUUUGCUUUGCCAUGGGCUCAGUUCAUACUGGGCUUAUUAAUAUGGCUUGUUGACGAAAGAGGAGAUCGACAUAAUUACAUACAACGUUGUAUACCGUGCAAAGGUCAGCGUAGAAUCUGCACAACUCAAGGAUUUCCAGUUUUAAUAAUAUUCAUCUUUCUGCGUACUUAA